CAAGGAGAAGCCCCCAGGGAAGUGGUGUGGCCAUUGCUCCUGGAACCUCUACCAUCUGCCCACUCAGACCAGCUGAUUCUAUUGGCCUGCACUCGACCUUUUCAAGACACAUGGAGGUAUAAAUAAUAAAGCAAGAGGGCAGAUCUAUUUGGCUGGCCCCGUGGAUUUCUUCUGCAUGAACUGACAAUCUCCAAGGACAAUGAACCUCACACUGGGCCUGGGCCUGGGCCUGGGCCUGUUCCUGGCUGGCCUCCUCACCACAGAAGGGCAGCAAAAGCCUACUGUCUUUUCUCCAAUCUCAGUGUCUAAGAUCCAUCCCCGAGGGUGGAAGGAAGAAAGGGACGCACAGGAUCUGGCCAGGCGCAACAUGCAGUUUGGCUUCAAGCUGCUGAAGAAACUGGCUAUUAGCAGCCCCAGGAAGAAUGUCUUCUUCUCACCCUUGAGCAUCUCCACUGCCUUCUCUCUACUGUGUCUUGGGGCCCAGGAUUCAACACUGGCAGAGAUCAAGCAGGGCUUCAACUUCAAGGGGAUGCCAGAGAGGGACCUGCACCAGGCCUUCCACCACCUCCUCCACAAGCUGAACCAGAAUGAGGAGGAUGUCAAGCUGCACUUCGGCAACACCCUGUUCAUGGACCAGAAGCUGCAGCCACAGCAGAAGUUCCUGAGAGUGGCCAAGAACAUGUACAAUGCAGAUAUUCUCCCUGCCAACUUCCACAACCUGGAAGACACCCAGAAGCAGAUCAAUGAAUAUGUCAGUCGGAAAACCCAUGGGAGGAUUGACAACCUUGUCAAGAAUAUAGACUCUGGCACUGUGAUGCUUCUUACAAACUACAUUUAUUUUCGAGCCAGGUGGCAACAUGAGUUUGACCCAAAAGAAACAAAAGCAGAAGAUUUCUUUGUGAGCAGAAACAAGACAGUGAAGGUGCCCAUGAUGUUCCGAAGUGGGCUGUACGACAUGGGCUAUGACAAGCAGCUCUCCUGCACCAUCCUGGAGAUACCCUACCAGGGAAACCUCACAGCCACCUUCAUUCUGCCUGAUAAGGGCAAGAUGAGACAGCUGCAGGAGAACUUGCAGGCAGACGUUUUCGGCAGAUGGAAAAAAUUACUGACGAAAAGGGUUGUCGAUGUACACGUUCCCAGGAUUCACAUCUCUGGAACCUACAACCUGAAGAAGACCCUCUCCCAGCUGGGCAUCAGCAAGAUCUUCGAGGAGCACGGUGACCUCACGCGGAUCUCCCCUUACCGCAGCCUAAAAGUGGGAGAGGCUGUGCACAAGGCUGAGCUGAAGAUGGAUGAGAAGGGAACUGAGGGGGCCGCAGGCUCUGGAGCAGAGACGCUGCCCAUGGAGAAGCCCCAGAACGUUGCGAUGAACAGACCCUACCUGAUGAUGCUUUACGAGACCACCAUGCCGUCCCUGCUCUUUUUGGGAAAGAUUUCUAACCCCGGUGGGAAAUAAAGAGGAAUUCUUGCCCACUGCAGAGCUCAACCGUGGGCUAGGAUGAACACGCUUUGUCUCCCUGGGGUGGGGGCUGCAGGCACACUCUGACCCAAUCCCGCACCGUGGCAUCUCCCCCUGCUAUUCAAAUGUGCUGCCUCGCAGGUCACUCCAGCCCCUCCCUGCACACUGGGUUUUCUGGAUUAAACACUGACCUCACCCGCUUGACCAUG